AGAGAGAGGCUUUCCUUUUUUUUUCUUUUCCCUCUUCCGUCUGAAGCUUCACCGUCUGCUCCUUCUGAGCUCUUCAGUGCUCUCUCACCUCUUUCUCUCUCUUCACUGCCCCUCGGCGUUCUUUGAUCUGCAACUGCAACAGCAGCUUCUUCCGGCCCCUGCAGCUGCGGAACUGCCGCCCAGCUGAACUGAAAGAGGAUAUAUGAUAAUUGUGGCUGCCUGGGCAUCCGUGACAGAGAAUGCCAGGAAUUGCUUUAGUAGCCCGUGAUACCACCCAUCCGAGAAGCGCGGAUGAAAUGUGUCGUCAAGAGUCUCAUGUGCAUUUGUCUGCAGAAGAGGAGCUUGCUGCUGAAGACAGCCUCUCUGUCUAUUGCAAACCUGUAGAACUAUACAACAUUCUUCAGCGCCGUACUUUUAAAAAUCCAUCAUUCCUUCAAAGAUGUUUGGGCUACAAGAUACAGGCAAAACACAAAAGGAGAAUAAGAAUGUCAAUUGCUCUCUCGGGAACUAUGGUUCAAGGCAUACAAUCGCAGAGUCUGUUUCCUCUGUAUGUCUUUUUGGCAAGAGUAGAAUCUGACGUUUCCAAUGCAGAGUACUCUGCAGUAUAUCGCUACAGUCGUGCGUGUCUCUUGACCAGUUUCAUGGGAGCUGAGGGUCAUCCCAAAAGUCAAGCAACUUUUAUUCUCCCAGAAAUCAAUAAGCUUGAAUUGGAGGCCAAAUCAGGCUCACUUGCCAUCGUUCUACUUUGCCAAGCUGGAACUGAAAGAUCUUUCUGUGAUUUGGCCAAAUCUCAACAGGAUCUGAUAUCUUUCACACGAAAUGUGGGAGGAUACUGUGCUUUGGGAAGUAUUCCGAUGGAAUCAGUUUAUUUAUCAUGGGAGAAGUCCCGGAAUUUGAGUUUAGGACAAAGAGCGGAGGUCACAUUUUGUGUUGACAUGCGCUCGUGCAUAAUAAAGCUAGGUACUUUAACUGAAGAUAAACACAUUUUUGUUGAAGUUCCAAAAAAUUCUGAGGCUCUGAGCGCACAGCGGCAGAUACGGGUCGUUGUUUGUGCUGAAGAGGUUGGAGCUAAGGAAAAAUCUCCUUACAGUUCAUACAUUUGCAAUGAAAUUACAUCCUCCUCAUUAUCUAAUAUAAUAUGUGUUAGGGCUGGAAAUGUCAUUUUCAACUACAAAUACUACAGCAAUAAGUUGCAACAAACUGAAGUAACCGAAGAUUUCACCUGUCCUUUCUGUUUGGUAAAAUGCGCAAGCUUCAAGGUAACUGAAGACUAUCAGGCCGUAAAUGUAUCUGUGCGAGCCGAUAUGUGGAUGUCUGAGGUUGUUGCAGAUUGUAUGGAUCCGAAGCUCCAAACCGUUUUCUUUUGCUCAAAGCCUUUAAAACGUAGAAGAUCAAUAAAUCGGAUUGCUAAGCAUGUUCAUCCUCUUUUCUUGGAGUCAGAGUUGCGAACUGGUGUCUGUGAUCUUCUGAACAGGGCAGAUGAUGCUCAUUCUAGCAGAGGUGAUAAGGCUCGCAUGUCCGGUGUUGCAAGUGCCACUGGACAAUCAUAUGCUGAUACUGAAUGUGUUCAAUCAGUAUUUGCAAAUAAUCUUGCACCCUCUGCCAUGUUGCAAUUUGCAAAAACAAGAAAGUUAUCUUUCGAGCGCUCUGAGCCAAGAAAUCGUCUUCUCCUCCAGAAACGGCAGUUUUUUCACUCCCAUAGAGCACAGCCAAUGGCGCUGGAGCAAGUUAUGUCUGAUCGAGACAGUGAGGAUGAGGUGGAUGAUGAUGUUGCUGAUUUUGAAGAUCGCAGAAUGCUUGAUGACUUUGUGGAUGUGACCAAGGACGAGAAGCAAAUGAUGCAUCUGUGGAACUCCUUUGUGAGGAAGCAGAGGGUGCUGGCAGAUGGUCAUAUUCCUUGGGCAUGUGAAGCCUUUUCAAGAUUGCACGGUCACGACCUUGUCAGAGCCCCAGCCCUUUUCUGGUGUUGGAGAUUGUUUAUGAUAAAACUAUGGAAUCAUGGUCUGCUUGACGCCCGUACCAUGAACAACUGUAACAUCAUCCUUGAACAGUUCCAGAAUGAGGGCUCAGAUCAAAUGAAGAGCUAGAGUUCGACAUCGUGAUUCCUUUCUCCAAGUCGCAAGACCGACUGGUGAUGUUUGGGUCCAAACAAAUCCCUUGAAACUGAUUUUGGUGAUGUGAGGUUUUUGGGGCUUUCCGGGUCACAAAGAAAGCCUAUUAGGACUGUACUGUACUGCUGCACUAACCACGGGCUCUUGCUCCUUCAAAGUAAAUUGAGGAAUCUUAUUUAUAGAACAUGCCUAUAUACUUGUUGAUGCAACUGGUUCCCGUCAAUUAUAAUUGUCCAAAAAAGUCCUAUUUGCCUGAUAUAAAAGUACUUGCUUGACCAUCGUAUUGGUUCAAUGAGAACCACGAAGUUAUUUGUACCUAUAUAUAUUGCAUUCUGCCAUAAGAACAAAGAGUUUGAAUGUUUA